CUCUACAGUAGUCUGCUGCCCCCGAAAGCAUAUGUACGAUGUUUUGUUGUUUUUCUCCUUUCACCUAACGUUUUAUGACAAAUGUUAUCGCAGAAGUAAAUUAUAUCGAGUGCUUGUAUUUUUCUCCUAAUCAGAUUUUGUUGAACUGUGAUAAACUACCAUCGUUACAUAAAGACAUUCAUGAAGUGUCAUCAUGGAAAACCUGCCAAUAGAUAUAAAUUACAACAAACUUGCAGAUUGGCUUAUUAAUCGCCGACACUGCAGUCAACAAUGGCAAACUGUUGCUGCUGUUAUCCGUCAGAAAAUUAUCAAAGCUGUAGAAAAUAUGCCAGAAGAUGGAGACUUUGCAAGAUUUAAGGACCCAGCAGAGGUGACAUAUUUUCAAGUGAAGGAACUGAUAGAGAAGGCAAAGGAAACAGAUUCUGGAAAGAAGAAUUUCUUUGGGCAGUACAGCUCACAAAUUAUGAAAGAUUGGGCUGAAAUCUGCCGGUUGUAUGAAAAGGAUGGUGUAUUCCUUGCUGACACUUCUCAGAUGAUUGCUCGCAAUGUCAACUAUGAAAUACCUGCCAUCAAAAAACAGAUUACACGGUGCCAACAGAUACAAAAAGAAUGUGAGAGAAAAGAAGCAGAUUUCACAAACAGUGCUGCAGAUUUCCGCAAGAAAUAUUCAGCGUCUUGUCGUCAGAUAGGCAUUGAGGGGACAAAAAUCAAAACAGAGUUAGCUUCUCUUGUUCAAAAUCUGCCUGACGAAUUUAAUGGCAUUGCAACUGCAACUCAAGAGCUUCAAACUGCAGUGACCUACUAUGAUGAGUUUGUUGCCUUCCUAAUGAACAAUGAUCAGCUCCAGUCAGCAAGCUUGCCAGUCCUCAAGUUUGUCAUGUCACGUGGCAAUGUCAGAGUCUAUGAAUGGCGAACAGGACAGCCACCUCAGGUGGUAGAGGAAGAAAGCAUUAAAAUCGACAUAUCAGAUGAGCUAGACCCUACAACACAGGCAGAGGAUAUUGACUGGGGUGCAGAUGACAAUGGGACCAUUGACUUUGGUGCUGACAUUGACUUCUGUGACAUCACAGUAGAGAGUGGUGGUCAGGAGGAAGACGAUGUCAUUGAGUGCACAGACACAUCUGAUGUUACUCCUGAAGUCAGAGAGGCAUCUCUAGAGGAAGGUGUGGCACGUGGAGAUGAUGCUUUGUCUAUUUUAGACAACCCAAGCACUCGUAACCUUUUCAUCGAUAAUCUUAUGGAAUUAGAAUCAUUCCUGCUUCAGCGCUUUGCUGAGCUUACAAGCUCUCAUGCUGAUACUGGACCAGGUAGUCAGCUGCAGUGUGCUCCAGCAACAGUGCAGUUGGAAGCAGAGCAUGUGGAAACCAUGAUGAGCAAAGUUCAGGCACUGCUGAAACAAUUGACCUCUGUGCAAAUGCAGCAUCUUAUGCUUAUUCGUAGUUCACCAAGGUAUGUAGACCGUCUCUGCGAGUCUCUUCGCCAGAUUUUGUUGCGAGCAGACAAGCUGGUUUUGGCCAGUAAGGAGAUGGCCAGCAAGAAACGGGCUGCCCUGGAAGAGGAGAGCAUGCUUGAGCCACACUUGGAAGCACUUCGUAGACAGACAAAAACCAUGCAGCAGCAGAUGGAAGAAGAGAUCUCCCAGAAGUACAAAGGACGCAAAGUCAACAUAAUGGGAGAGAUCAACAUGAUAUAACUGAAACAUACAGAGUGUGAAUUGUUAUAAGGACCAUUAAAAUGUUGAUGACUUGUUACUUAA